CUUGAACAUGUUGUGGGCUGCCAUGUUGAAGAAGCUGUAACAUUUUGGGUGCAGAAUGUCAGUAGAUGUAAUGACCUCUUGAAAAUAUGUUGUGUGCUGACUGAAGCUUGUCCUUGGAUUAAUGCAGUUUUUGGCAAACCUGAUUUUAGUAAGAGAAGUCGUUCUUUACUCCAUCUCAAGAAGAGUGAAAGAUCUUUUAAAAAUCUACUGAACACAGUUAAAAUUCCACCAAACUUGCAAUGUUGCAGUGUUGGUGAGAAGUACAGACUCUGGGCACUGCAGAGACCAGCUGAUCAGAACUUAAACAUGUGUGACCAGGGGAAGAAGUUUUUGAGCAGCCCAGUUUUUGAAAAAGAAAUAAAAAUAUAUCACAAAGCCAAGCAUAAAGAUGGUACCAUUUUUGCCCAGGCAGAAUACAAAAAAAUAGGUACUGGAGAAGAGGUGGUCAAGGCAGGGCUUGCUAAAAACACAUCUCCAGGAAACACUAAAGAUGAGGGGGAAAAAAUAGCUGAAAAUAUUCUAGCUUCCACCUCAGUGCCAGACAACAGCUUGGGACAAAUAAAAUCAGAUCAGAAGCUGUCUGAAGAGAAACAAACUCUCAGAAGGAGGAAUAUAAAUCUCUUGCAGAGGCAGAAGGAACUAGAACUGAAGGUUCAAGAGCUGAAAUGUGAACUUCAGGGUGAGAAGGAAUCAUCUAAGAAAACGGAAAGCUUUGAACAACGUACUUACAUUGGAAUGAAAAAAAGAAGUUUGGCUGCUGGGGUGAAGGCACUGAAAAAAGUUAGGUAUGCAUAUAAAAAGAACAGUCAUUUUGGGGAGCAGCUCUCACAAGCCAUAAAAAUGGUUGCAGAUGUUUCUCUCACUGUUCUGUGUUCCUUGGAAAAGUUGUAGAAGGUUUGGAUAGAAUAUGACUUGGCUUAAAAGAGGAUUCGAUUAUGCAGAAAUGUGGAUGAAAGAGAUGAAUUGAUUAUUGAGCAAGACGAGGUGCAGCAGAACUUGUAUUCAGCAGUGAAAGAAUUAAUUUUGGAAGUGGAUCAACCCCCCUCUGAGCCUUCAAGAGUGUUUCAGAAGCUGACAGCUUCUCUGGAGAUGAUGUAUGGUCAAGAAUCUGAAGUGUAUGACUCAGAGGUAUUUCAACAGUUCUUUGAGUGGAAGAGGUUAAAUAAAUUUAAUUGCAUCAGAAAUAAUAUGGACACAACUCUGCAAAUUCUUGCUGACCGGUUCAGUGACAUCUUUAAGGUGAAAAUUCCGAUUAAAAUGAUGGGAUUGCCUCUCUGGGUGAAUGUUCAUGAAGCAGAGAAAGGAAUAAUUAUAAAUACUUACAAUAAAGUUAUGAAUAAAGUUCAUCAUGAGCAAAGUAUGAUCACUGUCAUACAAAACAGAUACUUGGCCAGUGCUGAGGUUCCAAAACAGCAGGCAGAGGAAUGACUGAAUAGAACACCUGAUAUUAAAAACUUAUUAUCAGUCAAGAAAAUUGUGAAAAGCUUAAAGGCCAAAAUAAGGUGGAAGCUGGUUGAAAAGAACAACUUUGAGGAAGGGAAAAACCCACCAGUGUUAUUACAGCUUUGCAUUCAAAACCAGGAGUUUGGCAUAUAAGAAGAUGGAACACCUGAGGUAGAUGUGGUUGCCAUGGAUGAUAAAGUUAAAUCUCUUCUCUUGAAUUUGUUCUGCUGUAACAGACAUCCUGAGCAGGUGCUGAGGAACGAUUGCUUCCUUGCAGUUGAUGCAAUUCCAGUUUCACUGCAACCAGGUGAAGAGUAUGAGCCACGUGAAAAACAUGAUUAUGAGAAAACAGAUGAGGAAAAAAAAAAGUGA